AUUAAUGUUGAUGGUCUUCUUGUAUACUUUCCAUAUGAAUACAUAUAUCCUGAACAAUACCAUUAUAUGCUAGAAUUAAAGGCAACUUUAGAUGCCAAGGGUCAUGGUGUACUUGAAAUGCCAUCAGGAACUGGGAAAACUACGUCGAUUUUGUCUCUUAUUGUUGCUUACAUCAAGGCACAUCCUGAAUCAGUUGAAAAAUUCGUAUAUUGUUCACGUACUGUCCCAGAACUUGAAAAAGUUAUGGGUGAAAUGAAAGUUCUCGAUCAAUAUUAUAAAUCCGAAACUGGAUCAUCCAAUGGUUGCGGACUUCUUGCAGUUGCUCUCAGUUCUCGUAAAAAUCUGUGUAUCGAGCCUUCAGUUAAAAAAGCUGGUGACGGUGUGGCAACUGACUCCAAUUGCCGCAAACUUACUGCCAGUUUUAUCCGCCGUCAGCAUCGAGACAAUGCAGACGUUCCCGUUUGUUCCUUUUAUGAAAACUUCGAUAUCAGUGGACGUGAAGAAAUUCUUCCCACCGCCAUUUACAGUUUGAAAGAUUUACAAGCCUACGGCAAAAAUAAAGGCUUUUGUCCCUAUUUUCUCGCUCGCCAUGCGCUAGCCCAUGCACAUAUCGUUGUGUUUAGCUAUUACUACAUGCUUGAUCCGAAAAUUGCCGCUCUUGUGUCGAGCGAAUUUCCCAAAAAUACAGUUAUUGUGUUUGAUGAAGCUCAUAAUAUUGAUAACGUUUGUAUCGAGUCAAUGAGCUGUGUCAUUUCUCGGCGUUCCUUGGAUCGUUGUAAUCAAGGCUUGGAAAAAUUGGCUUCUCGCGUGGCUGAAGUCAAGCGAAAUGAUGCUGCAAAACUCCAAGGAGAAUACAAUCGUCUUGUCGCAGGUCUACGAGAAGCAAGUGUUAGUAGGGAGACAGACGUGGUCUUGGCGAAUCCAACUUUGCCGACGGAAAUUCUUAAUCAAGCCAUUCCAGGUUCGCUUCGAAGCGCAGACAGUUUUAUUAGUUUUCUUCGCAGAUUGUUAGAAUACGUGAAGCUGCGUUUAAGAGUAGCACAUGUAGUUCAUGAAACUCCAGUCAGUUUUCUCAAAGAUUGUCUUGAAAAAGUUUGUAUCGACAAAAGGGCUCUUAUGUACGCUGCGGAGCGUUUAAGGUCGAUGCUUGACACUAUGGAAUUUGCUGAUCUUGGUAUAUUCUCUGGACUUACGCUUCUCUGUAACUUUGCAACACUGGUCUCUACGUACACUAAAGGUUUCUGUGUAAUUAUCGAACCAUUUGAUGAACGUGCCCAGACUGUUGUGAAUCCUAUCCUCUACUUCCACUGCAUGGAUGCUAGUUUUGCCAUCCAACCCAUUUUUGAUCGCUACUCUAGUGUCAUUCUCACCUCAGGGACGCUCUCUCCACUAGACAUGUAUCCAAGAAUACUCAAUUUCCAUCCAGUCAAUACAGCUUCACUCACAAUGACACUGGCUCGCAAUUGCGUCUGCCCAAUGAUUGUUUCUAGAGGCAAUGAUCAAGUAGCCAUGACAACCAAGUUUGAAAGCCGUGAAGAUUUGGCUGUGACUCGCAAUUACGGCCACCUCUUAGCUGAGAUGGCGAGCAUUGUCCCAGAUGGAAUUGUGGCCUUCUUUCCCAGCUACCAUUACUUGGAAUCCACUUUCGCCAUGUGGUAUGAACAGAACUUGAUUCAGAAGAUUCAGCAGUACAAACUCCUCUUUGUAGAGACGACAGACAGUGAAGAAACCGGUCUGGCGCUAGCAAGCUAUCAGAAGGCCUGUGAAAACGGACGCGGUGCCAUACUACUCUCCGUGGCACGUGGAAAAGUCUCAGAAGGCAUAGAUUUCGAUCAUCAUCUUGGACGAUGUGUCAUCAUGUUUGGGGUUCCUUAUGUCUACACCCAAAGUCGUAUCUUCAAGCGUUUUGCCCGAUCAGACAAGCGUUGUAAGCUUCCAAGUUGGAUCCAAGCCCAGCUCAGUGAUGCCUUCGUGAACCUUUCCACCGAAGAAGCAGCUCAAGCUUGUCGUCGUUUUCUACGGGUCAUGGGAAGUCAGCCCUUCCGUAGAGAAGACCAAUUGGGUCUCGCUCUUCUCACACGUCAAGAUGUUGAAGCGAUGGUGAAGGAGAGAGCAGAGAAUGCGGUCAUACAGAAGUACACUAAUACUGCAGCGGUGAAAGGUAACCCUGGUGGUGGUUUGGCUACAGGAUUGGUGGUACCUGGCAGUCAAAUGCCUGUCAGACUGGCUACUGGAAUGUUGCCUCCCCCCUCUCAAAUGCAAUAA